GCUUCGGCACGCGAGGCCCAGGGGUCAAUUGCAUGCACGCUUUUCAUUCUACACAUGCACACAUAUAUACAUAUGUAUAUGUGCAUCUGUAGUAUAAAGGGAGAUAUUUUUGUAUAUAGUAUACAUAUUUGUGGAUAUAUACAUAUGUACGUUCAAUAUAAUGUCUAUUUGAAUGAAUAAAGCUUCUCCUGCUCCCCUCUGAGCCAAAUGUUUCGGCCUUGACAUAUCUUAACGAGGGAAGGGUAUAAUUAUGAGCCAUAUGCUCAAUUAGGCAUGAUAUAUUGUUUAUAUUGAUGUGUGUGUGUCAAUGUAGUCGCCGUCGAUGUCGACCUCGUCGUUGUCUUUGCCUUUGCCUUGCCAACGUGUCUAUUUAACGCUUUUGCUCCUCAGUGCCUGCUCCUUAGUUUAGUUAGUGUUUAGACUGAUUAAAUGCCGGCUAAACUGUUGUCAAAAAUGCACCCCAUGGCCAAGGGCAUGAUGACCUAUGCCCUGCUGUGGCCCACGGGCAGCCUCAUCCAGCAGACAAUAGAGGGACGCAAUUUCAAGACAUACGAUUGGGCACGUGCGCUUCGCUUUAGUCUGUUUGGCAGCCUCUAUGUGGCGCCCACCCUCUAUGGCUGGGUGCGCCUCACCAGUGCCAUGUGGCCGCAGACGAAUCUGCGCAUUGGCCUGCUCAAGGCCGCAACGGAGCAACUGUCCUAUGGCCCCUUUGCCUGCGUUAGCUUCUUCAUGGGCAUGAGCCUGUUGGAGCUGAAGACCUUUCAGCAAGCCGUUGCCGAGACCAAGGAGAAGGCCCUGCCCACAUACAAGGUGGGCGUCUGUUGUUGGCCCAUUAUACAGACCAUUAACUUUUCGCUAGUACCGGAGCACAAUCGCGUUAUCUUCGUCAGCUUUUGCAGCCUUCUUUGGACUAUAUUCUUGGCAUACAUGAAAACGCAAAAAAUGGAGCCGGAACACGAACAGAAGAGAGGAAGCACGCGAAGAAGUUGACCCAGUGCAGCAGCUACAGGGAAGGCAGGAGAUGCAGAUGAGGCUAGGGAGACAGCAGCAGCAGCU